GGGAGGGGAAAUGGGGUAGGCGUAGCCUACUGUGAGUUUUCUGUAAACUGCUGUCCGUAGAGAACCGCGAAUAAUUUUGUUGAAUAGGCUGUACGAUAAGCGUUAUCAUAUUAAGAGUUUACGUAGUCUGCACCCAUCCAUCAUAAUACAUAUUGGUCAAGCGUUGUCAAGCGAUUUCGCUCAGUAAGAAGACGAUAAUUUCCUAGCGCAGUAAAAGAAAAAAGAAAGAAAGCGCUUGCUGAAGAGCGGGAGGUAAAACCUCGGUUGUCUCUUUACCACGUCUCUUAAGCAUUGAGGACAGCAUGAGUGACGAAAAUCGACCUGACGUUGAACUUUUUGUGAAGGCAGGCAGUGACGGGCAGAGCAUUGGGAACUGCCCUUUCUCCCAGCGUAUUUUCAUGGUUCUGUGGCUGAAAGGGGUCACCUUCAACGUCACAACUGUUGACAUGACGAGAAAGCCGGACAUCCUGAAAGACCUCGCCCCUGGAGCUCAGCCCCCUUUCCUGCUCUAUGGUUCAGAGGUUAAAACCGACACCAACAAGAUCGAGGAGUUUCUGGAGGAGAACCUCUGUCCCCCAAAGUACCCGCGUCUCGCUGCCCGCAAUCCUGAGUCCAACACGGCGGGCCUGGACGUCUUCUCCAAGUUCUCCGCCUACAUCAAGAACUCCAACCCGCAGAUGAACGAGAAUCUGGAGAAGGGCUUGAUAAAAGCCCUGAAGAAACUGGAUGACUACCUCAGCACACCACUUCCUGAAGAGAUCGAUGAAAACAGUGCAGAUGAUGUCACUUCCUCUGCCCGCCCCUUCCUUGAUGGGCAGGAGCUCACACUGGCCGACUGCAACCUGCUUCCAAAACUGCACAUCGUCAAGGUGGUGUGUCUGAACUACCGCAAGUUCUCCAUCCCACGCAUGCUGCAGUCUCUCUGGCGCUACCUGGAGGCCGCUGGAGCACGCGAAGAGUUCUCCUCCACCUGCCCCAGCGACGACGAGAUCUGCCUGGCCUACGCCUCCGUAGCCAAAGCACUGCGAUAGACACACACACACACACACACACUCACACACACACUCUCUGACACACACACACACACACACACACACUCUCUCACACACACACACACACUCUCACACACACACUCACACACACACACACUCUCUCACACACACACACACACUCUCACACACACACACACUCUCUCUCACACACACACAGACACACACACUCUCACACACACUCACACACACACACACAAACACACACACUCUCACACACACUCACACACACACACACACUCACACUCUCUCACACACACACACAUACACACACACACACACUCACACUCUCUCACACACUCACACACACACUCACACACACUCUCUCACACACACACACACACACACGCUUUCUACACUCACAGCAGCAGGUGUGCUUUUGCAUCCAGGGGUGUAAAAUCCAGGCUCAGGAAGUUAAAGUCUUCCCCAGUAUUUGGUUCCAGCCACCUGUAACGAGCACAAUUCUUCAGAACCCACUUUCUGACCCCUGGACUCUCCACCUCUGGAUGUGCCUUCUUCUGCGUUUAUGAUGCCUUUUCAGCUUUAUUGGACAGGACAGAGUAGAGAAACAUUAGAGGGAGAGACCCUUCACCGAGGUCACGCGGCCGGAUUCAAACCGCUGACGUUGCGGCUCACAGUGAGCGUGUGGAUAGCGCUCUCAGCAGCCCUGUACUGUGCGGUUUCAACCUUGCCUCUGUGCCUUUAACACUGGAAGGUUCGCCGUUGUGCCCUUGUAGCUGUCCAGUGUAGCUGCCAGUUUGAAAUACGAUAAGAAUAUUCAUCAGGAGGGCGUGGCCAGGUAUGGUGCCAUGGAAACGGCAGUUAUGUACCACGUUAUGUGGGCGGGAAGCGCUCUGUUGCUGACCAGAUACCACCUGUACCUGAGAAACAGAGAGGACGGAAGGAACUGCCUGGUGCGCUUGUAGAAUCUGUGUCCAUAUUCUCUCCCGUUUUCAACCCCAGGGGUUCCCGAGUUUUUUCACAAAAUAGCCGCCCGCACUCUGGAUAAAAUGGUCGUCAUUAACACCUUUAGUCAGCAAUGGGAUAGUCGGAAAUUUUACGAGGCGGCUAAUUUUCGGCUCUGAAAUGCGAGACUUAGGCCUACUCGGUUUGCUAAAGUCAAUUAAGCGUUUUCUUCUCGCAGUUUUAUUUUCUUCCAGUUUUCUAAAGCUCCCUCUCCCUUGGGGGGAUACAUAGGCCUAUGCAUAUAAUAUUUGAGCGGGAACAUGCUGUCCGUGCCACCUUUUUCAUUUCAAAUGCGGGAACUGGCAAUUAAGAUGUUUUUCUUCAAAUUUUAUUUAUUGUUUUUGUGGACACAGGGUAUAAAACAAGAGUAUCCUUUCCGCUCUGAUCUUUUUUUAAGCCUAACUGAGAGGAAGAGGUUGCAGAACAUAUCUAGCUUCCUCUUUCUUUCCCUCUAAAUUUUCAACUUUUUUUAAAAGAAAAAGGUGUCCUUUAUAUUUGUAUUAAAACCCGUCCAGAAAAUGUUUUAAAUUCAGUUUCGUUUAAAAGGUGGAGUUUUUAUGAAGUGUUUUCAGUUGGGUGCAGUUCGUUCACGGUUGGAUGACGUCAUGUCUCAUGCGAGAUCUCGUGACGGGCUUUCGUUUUUCCACCACUGUGAAGCCGAGAGCGCCCCCCGAAGGGAAGGAAGCAAACUCCUUCAAAAUGGAGGAAUAUGUUCAAUGCUUUCACUGCACUGUUUUCUAUUUGUCUGUAUUAUAACUAGUGGGCAAUAAUUAAUUGCUUUCAUUCAAAUAUAUAUUUUAAAAAGUCUUACGCCCCUUACAUUUCUUUUAAUUUGUCCUCAAUGUUUUUUUUCUGCAUUAGUGUGUCAGUAGAAAAGAGCAAAGUUUAAGAUAUUCAAAGAAUAAUUUUCCCAAAAAUAUUAAAUGUUAGAGAACUUUUUGUAUUUCAUUAAACAGUAGAGUAAUAUAUUUAGUAGUCGACCACUUUUCAGAUAACUUGAUGGAGGCUGUCUGGGAUUAGCUGUAGAGCAGGGGUGCACAACUAGAGGGUCGAUCUACGUGCUGGUUUUUGUUCGAACCAGUUACCGUAAUUUGAGUUUUCUGACCGCUCCAUGAACUACACUGGUUCGCUCCUGUACUGGAACAGUAACUUAUUUAGGAUCCGCCUGCAGUCUGUGACUGUAGCUGCUGCGGAUACAAAUGACCGAGAGGCAGUAUGACCGAGCCAAUUAAAUAAUUAAGAGCAGAAAUUGGCACAAAAUCUUGAAGCGGCUCGGCCCUUGCUGUGCACCCCUGCUGUAGAGCCAGAAGCAAGCGAGACGGCCAAACUGCAGAAGAACUGGCAAGUUCUCCCAAUGUGUUUGUAACAACCUACCAGCUGAUUUUCUCAUAGAACUGCUGGCCAGUGUAGCAUAUCUAAGAGAGGGGAGGUCAGAACAAAUAUUGAUUUGGUUUUAUUUUCAGUUUACUGCUCUUUAUAUUGACAUGUUACAUUUGCAUGUGCCUCAGAGUUUUGUACAGUAGGCCUACUGUAUAUAUAUGCCAGUUAAAUGUUUGACUUCAGAGUGGCAUAGUUUUAUUUUUCUCCUUCCUUAUUUUAGAUUUUUGUUUCAGUUGUUUUCUAUUUUCCCCUUGAACUCUUCUCUUUCGCUAGAUUCCGUACAACAAUGUUUUAUUUUUGCACAUAUUUAGCUUUUUAUUUACAGCAUGUUCUGACUACAUUUUCUUUGUUUUUCUUAGUACAUUUCAAUGAAGUAAUUAAAAUAGCAUUUAGGACUGUCAGACCAUGAUGUUAGCCUACCUGUCAAUCGAUUGGCUUGUCACACCUGGCGUGCUCAACAAGGAUCGCAUCAGCUGCCAAAUUUACUUCACAAUGGAUCAUUUUAAAACUAUAAACUAUUCAAUAUUAACCUUAUGACAAUGAGUUAUUUUAGCCAAAUUGUUAUUUUAUUGCAGUCUAAUCUAAUAGUCACCUACCUAUUCAGACUGUUUCUGAAUAUUUGUGGUGAACAUAAAGGGUUUGAACAUAAGAUUAACUUGUUGAACACUGUCUUUUGGUGGCAGUUGAAAACUUAAAUGUAUUUUGAAAGUGAAAUGUCUUCCUUUAAUAUUUCUGUUCGGUUUGUUAAAAGCAGCCUGAUGUAAAUCUGUAAAACCCCGAUCAAGAGGAUUCAAUAAAAAAAAAAAGAUUCCUCAGA